AUGUCAGAUACAGAAAAGCAAACCCAAACCUACAUUCCAGAAUUCAUCCUUCUGGGAUUUGGCGAUUUACCUGACCUGCAGGUUCCUCUCUUCCUGGUGAUCUACAUGGUGACAAUGAUAGGGAACAUUCUCAUCCUCCUGUUGGUGGUGGCUAACCAGCAUCUCCACACCGCAAUGUACGUCUUCCUCAGUAAAUUGUCCUGCUGGGAGAUGUGCUGCAGCUCCACCACCCUGCCCAAGCUGCUGGCCAGCUUCCUGCCAGGUGACAGAAGUAUUUCCUACAGCAGCUGCAUGACACAGUUCUUCAUGUUUGCUUUUCUAGUUGGGGUGGAGUGCUAUCUCCUGGCAGUGAUGUCUUACGAUCGAUACUCAGCAGUAUGCAAACCUUUACGCUCCGUCACCGUAAUGAAUCGUAAACUUUGUGUAGCACUAGCUACAGGGGCCUGGGUAAGUGGUUUUAUAAUCAGCUUUGUCAUUACAAUGUGGAUGUCACAAAUGGUGUACUGCGGUCGCAGUGAGAUUGACCAUUUCUUCUGUGAUUUCACCCCUGUGAUAAACUGCUCCUGCAGUGACACAUUUCUGAUAGAAGCUGUAACGUCUUUGAUGUCUGCCACAUGUACUAUGCUGCCCUUUCUUUUCACUGUAGCAUCCUAUAUUUUAAUCAUCAUCAACAUCCUGAGAAUCCCUUUAGCUACGGGGAGGAAAAAGACCUUUUCCACAUGCUACGCUCAUCUCUUUGUGGUCACUAUUUUCUAUACAACCAUCCUUGUCUAUAUGUUACCAAAAACUUACAACCUCACAGCUGUUAACAAGUUGUUCUCUGUCUUCUACACUGUAGUGACACCCAUGGUGAAUCCGGUUAUCUACACGUUAAGAAACAAAGAGGUCAGAAGAGCCCUAAGGAAAGUAGUCCAGGCAUUUAUAUAA